AUGCUUCGCAACUCAACACAGCUGAAGCGAGUCUUGCUGAAUAAAUACAAUGCUCCCACAGGAUGCGGUGGGAUCCUUAGUGUAUGUCAAAGAUCCCUGUAUUCCACUACUGCACCUGACUUUGAAAUUGGAGCCAAAGAAACCAAGAUCAAUGGACAAGUGCUCAGCCGAGAUGAAUGGACCAACAUUUCGCCCACAGUUUUAUCAAAAGUGAACCGCAAAUUACAUUUACAGCCUCAAAACCCCAUUUCCAUCAUUCGUCAAUUGAUUGAAUCCAACUUCCAAGGUUUCAAGACGUACAACGACUUUAGUCCCGUUGUCACUACAAAGCAAAACUUUGAUGAUUUAUACAUCCCAAAGGACCACCCCAGCCGCACCAAAUCUGACAAUUACUAUUUCAACAAGGACACAGUGCUUCGUGCUCAUACAUCAGCUCAUCAAUUGCAAGGCUUAGCCUCUGGUGAAAACAAGUUCUUGAUCAGUGGUGAUGUCUAUCGUCGUGAUGAAAUCGACUCGUCUCAUUACCCUGUGUUCCACCAAAUCGAAGGCUUCUUUUACUUGGAUAAUGAUCUCGACAAAUUGGCUGCAGAAUUGAAGCGCAUUCAAGCUACAGAAACACCCAACAUUGAGGUAGUGGAUGACACUAUCAUUAAACCCGAAAACCCUUAUCAAGAUUGCCACUCACCAGAGGCUGUCGAUUUGAUUUCAGCACAUUUGAAGCAUUCAAUCAACUCUAUGAUCAGAAAUCUGUUUGCUGAUGAAAAGGACUUGAAGGUGCGCUGGAUUGAUGCAUACUUCCCUUUCACCAGUCCUAGCUGGGAGGUGGAGAUUCUGUACAAGGGCGAAUGGCUCGAAGUAUUGGGCACCGGUGUGGUGAAUCAAAAGAUCAUGAAUCAAGCAGGCCUCGAUAACAAGAUUGGUUGGGCUUUCGGUAUGGGCCUGGAGAGAUUAGCCAUGGUUUUGUUUGGUAUUCCCGAUAUUCGUCUAUUUUGGUCAGAGGACAAGCGCUUUGUGGAUCAAUUUACUCCUGGAAAGAUCAACAAAUUUGUUCCCUUCUCCAAAUAUCCCCCCUGUAUCAAGGACAUUUCAUUCUGGUUACCUGAAGGCGAAUGGCACGAAAAUGACUUUUGUGAGAUUGUGCGUGGUGCAGCAGGCGAUAUUGUGGAGACGGUGGAAUUGAUUGAUGAUUUCAAGCAUCCCAAGACAAAUAAGCGUAGUUUGUGUUAUCGCAUCAAUUACAGAUCCAUGGAUAGAAAUGUGACAAAUGAUGAAAUCAACGAAAUUCAAGAAAGAGUCCGAUCUGUUGUACAAGAUGAGUUUAAUGUAGAACUUCGAUAA